AGCUUUUAAAAUUGGUCAAAGAGCCGAAUAAUUCAUUUUGUGCUGACUGUGGUGAACUUGGUCCACUAUGGGCUUCUUGGAAUUUGGGUGUUUUCUUGUGCGUGCGAUGCGCAACCGUUCACCGAAAAAUGGGCACCCAUGUGUCCAAAGUGAAAUCAUUACAGCUCGACUCCUGGAAUAAGGAGCAGUUUCAGAGGUUAGCUGAUAGCAACAACGUGCGUAGCAGAAAGCUGUAUGAAGCUACCCUACCAGCUGGAUUCAUCAGGCCUCAGUCUGAUUCAGCUCUUGAGAUAUUUAUUCGGGCAAAGUAUGAGCAUCUACGGUUUACAAAGAGACAUGACUCUACUGAACCGAACGAGCUAACCAAGACACCGACGGCCUCGGUCCCUUUCUCCUGCAAUGUCUUUGUUGGCAAUGAUCUGAUCGAUUUCGAAACGCCCCCAGAUGAAUCACUACUGACUGCACCACUCUCUUCUAAUUUUCCCCCUACAGUUCCAUCUGACCAUUCAGCCAUCUUAUCCCUAUAUAAUCAUCCCCCUUCUGGCUAUGCGGCUGUUGGCUCGCAGUCUCAACUAAUUUCUGGUGUCCCGACUCCAGUGACCCACGAUCAGUCAGACUACUAUUAUCAGAUUAAGCAACAGUUGAUUGCCAUAAACGCUGAGAAGAAACCUACAGCAAUCAAUCCGUCCUCCACGUGA